GCGCCCCGACGGGACGGUGUGCAGCCCCGGCACGGCCGAACGCUGCAUGUCCCGGCUGCUGAGCGCGGUGGAGAGCGAGCUGCAGGCCGGCCGGGAGAAGGGCGACCCGACGGAGAGGGAGCUGAGGGUGACGCUGGAGGAUGCCGAGCUGUGGAGGAGGUUCCAGCACAUCACCAACGAGAUGAUCGUCACCAAGAAUGGACGCCGGAUGUUCCCGGUCCUUAAGGUCAGCGUUUCCGGCCUGGACCCCAGCUCCAUGUACUCCUUCCUGCUGGACUUUGUGCCGGCCGCCUGCCGCUGGAAGUUUGUGAACGGGGAGUGGGUGGCAGCUGGGCGGGCGGAGACCCGCGGAGAGGGCCGGGGCGGCAUCUACAUUCACCCUGACUCACCAAACUUCGGAGCCCACUGGAUGAAGGCGGCUGUGACCUUCAACAAGGUCAAACUCACCAACAAGGUCAACGGAGGAGGACAGAUCAUGUUGAACUCUCUUCAUAAGUACGAGCCUCAGCUUCACAUCGUGUGCGUCGGCUCUCGUCAUCGUCUGGUUUCCAACGUGUCCUUCAAAGAAACUCAGUUCAUCGCUGUCACUGCCUACCAGAAUGAAGAGAUCACGGCUCUGAAGAUUAGAUACAACCCGUUUGCUAAAGCUUUCCUCGACGCCAAGGAGAGGAACCCGGGGGGACGGGGUUUACCGGAAUCCUUGGAGAGUCAUGUGGGGAUUCAACCCUGUUGGUCGCUGUGCUCACCUGGAGGAGGCGGAGCUUUCCCGUACAGCAGCAGCCUCCCGCUGGCUUCACAUCAUCACCAUGGUUACAAACACCAUGGUUACCCAGGGCGACACACACCUUACCCCACCGCCUACCUGCCACACCGCUCACACUCCUCAGUUUGUCUGUCUGAAGGUGUUCAGGUGUUAUCAGAUGGGUGGAGCAGCUCCUGUCCUCGUUCAGCCUCCUCCUCUUCCUCCUCUUCCCUUCCUCUGACCAGCAGCGCUUCUUCAUCACAACCUCCUCCUCACAACUCCAGUCAGUAUCCCUGUCUGUGGACGGUUGGACGUACUGACUUAAGCCCCUCCCACUCACCAUGCGCUUCUCUCCAUGGACCAAUCAGCAGCGAGAGCCUCGUGCAGCCUCCCAGUCACGGUCGAGCGGGCGGUGCUGUCUGGCCACCUGGCGCCACCCACUCCUUCUAAAGAAGAAUGUGAUUGG